AUGCGCUACCAAGGGACCUGGCUCCUUACAAUUGGGACUUUGGGAGCGACCCUAGCCACCUCGUCUUCCUCCUCUACUGAGAAAAACAUCCUCGAAGUAGACCUCGUCUUCCCCCAGAACAAAACGUACAAGCCCACAGAAUGGUUCCCCAUUGUCUUUGGUUUCCAGAAUCCGCAACGCGCCCAGUACCUCAAUAUUGACCUCACCUAUUCCUUCCACCCCCACGAGACCAAUACGCAGAACGACACUAUCACCCUCUUCCACGACCUCCGCUGGGAAAACUGGUCCUCGCACGACCCGUACUUCGCGCACAAUUUCCUCGACAACUUUAACAGCCCCGGACGCUGGAACCUCGCGUGGACGGUGGCAUGGCAAUCGUGCGACGAAGAGGGCUUUGAGAACCGGCUCAUGACGUCUGACAUGCUUACAAAUCAGACGGACUUUUCAAUCUGGUUUACUAUUGCCGCCAAGGACGCUGAAAACGAGGGUAUUGAUGCGGAUCUUGUAUCUGCUACGUCAGGAGAGACCUCCUGCCCAGACCUGGGAUUUGAGACCGCCAUUGCCAUCAACGUUACGGAAAAGACCAUGUCCGUGCCCGACUUCGUAGACUGGUCUGCCGCCGACUGGACAAACCAUACUUGUUCUGUUGUUGCUCCUACAUUAGUAAUUCCGGAUCCUUGCAGGGUCAAGUUGGACCAGACUGUUGUUGAGAGCAUCCAGGCUUCGUUGACGGCACGGCGAUGUCAAGGGCUCAACCCGCCAGAUGAUUGCCCUGAGAAGGAGGAUAAUGAGAGUGCUGGCGUCGCGCUCCCUGGUUCGGGAUUAUUGAUGUUGGCUUUGUCAGGUGCUCUAGGGCUCUUUGCUUCAAUGUGA